UGUAACUUAUGAUUUAAUCUAGUGAUGACUAUUGAAUAAAUGUAUAGUGUAGUAAGAGGUGAAACAGGCGCUUGGGGUAUUGAAGGAUAUGAAGUCCCCAAGAAGUAUUGUGACCCUCUUAAGUAAGUCUAAGAAAGAGAGUUCUUGGCAGGCAAAUUAAAGAAACCACCUACAAUUACAAAAAGAGGACAUUUCUUAGAUGACAUAGCCAAACCAUUUAGAAAUCGUAAAGUCCCUGUUUAAUAUAAUGUUGAAUACAAGUGGGUAAAUGAGAAAGAUAAAGAAAGAAAAAGGUAAAUCCAUAUUAAUCUAUUUAUUUUAGAUCAAAAAGUGAAUUACUUAAGAGAAAUACAUUUAUAGAUGAUAUAUUCCUUCAGAACAGUAAACAAAACUAUCCAAAACCUGGUCCUGGAAAGUAUGAUGAAAAUAGAUCAAUUGAGAAUCAAGCUAAAAAGUGGAAUGGCAAAUCUAAAAUUCAAUAUGGAGAAAAACCAGACUUUGUUUAAGAUUAUUAACACUUAGGAGCUGUUUUACCUGCAGGUCCAGGUAGUUAUAAUCCUCAUGUACUAAAUAUAUUUAAUAAUAAUAAUAGCCUAUUUUACCUAAAUUAAAACAUAAUAAUACAAAUCCAAAGAUUAUGAUUACUAAACAUAAAGAUUUUGAUAAAUUUAAGUUAGAAAUGAUUAAAAAAUAUCCUAAACCAGAUUGUACUAAAUAUAAACCAUUUCCUGUUGAUUAUAAUACAUUUGGUAGAUCUUUAGAAUUACUUUAUGAUAAAAAGAAAAUAGAACCAGCCAAAAUUAAAUAUUGGGUAUGAUAAAUUAUUAGUAAAGGGUAAUCCAAAUAAACCAGUUACUAGAAAUAAGUCUGAGGCUAAAAUUCCUCCCUAAUAUAAUUUAAUAGCUUAUUGGCCUGGAAAGGAAGAUGGAAGUGGCAAAAACAAAGAGCUUAAAAAAUUUAAUUGGAUGAAUAAAGUCACAAAGGGAAUUUAAUAAUCAAUAUAUUAUUGA